AUGGCUGCAAAGAUUCUUGCUAAUUUGAUCAUUAUGGGGUCUGGAAUAAUGGCUAGAGCAUUUGUUCAAGCAUAUCGUCAGGCACUUGCGAAUGCCUCGAAAAAUGGGGUUGCUCAGGAGGCAGCACAACACAUAAAGAGAGGCAGUAAAAUGAUGACCGAGGCAGAAGCUAGGCAAAUCCUUGGAGUCUCUGAGAAUUCAACUUGGGAAGAGAUUGUGCAGAAGUACGAUAACUUGUUUGAACGGAAUGCAAAAAACGGGAGUUUUUAUCUCCAAUCGAAGGUUCAUAGAGCCAAAGAAUGUCUCGAAACCCUUCACCAACCAAAAGAGCCUGACACGAGUUGA